UGCAGCACAAUAUCAGCCAGCCUCAUCAUAACCUUGAUUAACGUGAAGAGUAAAACGACUUUGAUUUGCAAGUGGACCAGCUCUGUCUCAUAAUAUUCCUCCAUGAUGUACUUCCAGAGUUUAGCAGCAUUGGUACUUGGCUAUUUUGCAGUCAUGGUCAGUUGUGCACCUUGGUUGAAAUCAAGGCACUCUAGCAUGGUUUGCCAUGUGGAAGAACAGUUGCUACGAUAUAUGAGACACAAAUUCCAUGCCCUAUCUGACGAGGCUCAAAAGAUCGACACGGAUACUGACACAAGACUUAUAGGAAAGGAUUUAUUUCAGGGACUCCAGGGGCAUGGUAGAUGUUACGUGCUUAAGGAGGUGAUUGAUUUCUACCUUGGAAACGUCCUAUCAUCUGAGGACCUGCAUGCCAAAUAUUCUCAUCUAAAGGAGAUCAAGGAGUUUCUGGCUCUUCUGACGAAACAGCACAUGUCCGAUUGCAAUACAAAAAACAGAGCUCAAGCAAAACAUAACAUUGAUCGACUGAAACAGAAACUGAACCAGCUCAGUGAGAAGAGGGCAGCCAAGGUCAUAGGAGAGCUAUUCAUGCUUCUUCAGGAGAUUGGAAAGUAUUGUUCAGUACCAAACAUGAAGGAACCUGGUCACUAGAGGAAACCAGUAGCUGAUGAAUAAUGGAACUUUGUCAAGACCAUUGAGUAUCUGUUAUAAUUUCUGAAGGGCACAUUUUCUUAACUUAACAGCAGAGAAUAUUUAUUUCUGAUGUAUUUAUUGUGUAUAAUUUUAUACACAUCAUUGUAUUUACUUUCUGUAAACUAUG